AUGGAAGAUGUCGAAAACGUUUCAAAGUAUCGUGCUGGCGGAUUUCAUCCUGUUUCCAUCGGCGACGAGAUGAUGGAGGGGCGAUACCGCGUCGUGCACAAGCUCGGUUUCGGCGGCUACUCGACAACCUGGCUAGCGCUUGACACGCUGCGCCGUCAAUACGUGGCAGUCAAGAUAUGCUCUGCAGACUCUAGAGAGGAAUCCCUAGAAGGAGGAAUUCUGCAGCAGCUGUCGCAUUCAAACCAGGAGGGUACUGCCCACCCUGGGGAGCGCCUAGGCCCAAAUGGCUAUCACAAAUGCCUUGUUAUGCCGCCGGCCAUAAUGACCAUCCGUGACGCCCAAGAAGCGUCUCACUCGAGGUUCUUUCGGCCGGAGAUUGCCAGAUCUAUCGUCGCACAGUUGGUGUUAGCUGUCGACUUUGUCCAUUCAAAGGGCAUCGUCCAUGCUGAUAUCCACCCGGGGAACAUCUUCUUCCGGCUGCCUCGCGGUGUCAACGAUCUGACGCCGGAUGAAAUCUACCAGAGGUACGGAGAGCCCGAACUAGAAAUAGUCACGCGCACGGACGGCAAUGAAGAUGUCGAGAUGCCGGAGGCGGAAGUACUUCUGGGUGACUUUGGCGAGUCGUUCAUGCCGUCGUCUACCGACCGACUCUAUUCGAACUCGCCGCCGUCUUUUCGUCCGCCAGAGACUCGCUUCCCACCUACACUGUUGGGCUUCCCCGCCGACAUUUGGAGUUUGGUAUACCUCGUCUGGGAAGUUCUCGGGCAGCGCCCGCUCUUUGAGUCGUGGAUGGCGACGGAUGACGAGGUGCUCGCCGACCAAGUUGACCUACUUGGAAAACUCCCCUUCGAUUGGUGGACCCGGUGGGAUGCCCGCUCAGCAUUCUACGCAGAAGACGGAGAGCUAGGCAUUAGGUUGGCACCAAAAAGACCUCCGGGGACCGUGAGACGGGGAUGGAACGAGCGCCUAGAGCUGUGUAUACAACGGCCGCAGCGAGAAGACGGCCUGGACGAGAUUGGCGAACACGAGAGAGCCGCGCUGCUGAGCAUGUUGAAGUCGAUGCUGCAGUUCGAACCAGAGCGGAGAGCCACAACAGAGCACCUGUGCCAGAGUUGCUGGAUGGAACGCUGGGCAGCUCCCAAGGCGAACGUUGUCAGGUCGCAUCCUUGA